AUGGCUGAGCUCUUCCCAGGCCAGGCUUUCCCCAAGCCAAGACCCAACCCCCUCCGGCCUCCACUGCCAUCUUCUCCCGGGCCCCUUGGAGAUACCAUAGCCAAGGGGUUUCCUCGAUUGACCCCAAAGGGACUGGACUCCCCAGGCCAUUAUCCUAAAGACCAGUGGGACACCAAAUCCCACCAGCUUCCUCACUCCUCCGAAUUCACUAAAGGCCCUGUGGUCAACAGGUCGGGGGAGGAAGAGGCGCUUACCACAAGGGCUCAUAUUAGAGUUAAUGAUCCUGAGCCAGGCUCCGUCCAGCAUUUCUCCUUCCCUUAUUUCUAUGAGCCUCAGCUGGGGGGACCGAGGGUGCGCAGGAGGACUGGGAAAGUUGGGGGAAGUCACCUCUCCCCGCUCGCUCCCCUCCCGCCCCGCUCCUUCCUCAGGAGGAAGUGGGAGCCUGGACCAGCAAAGUUGAGAGAGCAGGGAAGGCCCCGUCCGCCUGACAGACAAAGUUUGACCGCAAGAGGAAGUGGCCCCGAGCGAGCCCCGGGAGGGAGCCGGCCGGCCAGAGCGGGGGAGCGCCCUCUGCCCACCUCCCUCCCCCAGCCCGGCCCGGCCCCUGGACAGGAGGAGCCCCCUCCCCGGGGAGAGCACCCCCUUCCCCCGCCAGCCGCCCCAAGACUGCCGGCUUCCGGAGCCGGCCCCAGGAGGAAGCUCCCGGGGAAAACAACUCUGAAGUUGGCCAGAGGCACCGCCCCGGCUGCUGCUGCUGCUGCUGCGGGCACCGCCUCCCCGCCCCCAGCCCUGGCAUCCAGACCAAGGGCCACCCAGUGGAGGCGAUGGGGCCCAGGCAGGGGGGCUGCCCCGGGGGGCCGGACAGACCCUGAGGGCCACCCCGAAGACUAG